AGAGCGAAAGAGAACUCCACCGCCAUUUCCCCCGUGUUUUGAAAUUCUCUCUCUCUCUCUCCGAUCUACAAUGCGUACACUCGGCAUUCUCUCUCUACGUUUCUCUGUCCUCAUCUUAAUCGUUGCCGUCGUCUUAGUACUCUUCUCCUCCCACUCCAUCCUUACCCACUCCAUCCUUACCUUCUGUUUUCGCUCCUCUACUCUCCAGUCUGCAGUUGAUUCCGAUGUGUUCUCGGACAUCUAUCACUCCCCGGAGGUUUUCCGCCUCGAUUAUGGGGAAAUGGAGAAGAAGUUCAAGAUUUACAUAUACCCCGACGGGGACCCGAAUACGUAUUACCAAACACCAAGGAAGCUCACGGGGAAGUACGCGAGCGAAGGUUAUUUCUUCCAGAAUAUUAGAGAGAGUCAGUUUCGAACGGAUGAUCCGGAGCGAGCGCAUCUCUUCUUUAUACCGAUUUCUUGCCACAAAAUGCAAGGGAAGGGUAUGUCUUAUGAAAAUAUGACUAUCAUUGUUAAGAGCUAUGUAGAGAGCUUAAUAUCCAAGUACCCUUACUGGAAUAGAACCUUGGGCACUGAUCACUUUUUUGUAACGUGCCAUGAUAUUGGUGUGAGGGCAACUGAGGGGCUUCCACUUCUGGUAAAGAAUUCAAUCCGAGUUGUGUGUUCACCGAGUUAUGAUGUUGGAUUUAUCCCGCACAAGGAUGUUUCCCUCCCUCAAGUACUGCAGCCCUUUGCUCUUCCAGCUGGAGGAAAUGACACAGCCAACAGGAAGAUGCUGGGUUUUUGGGCAGGCCAUCGCAAUUCAAAGAUAAGAGUCAUACUAGCACGUGAAUGGGAGAAUGACACAGAACUUGAUAUCCAGAACAAUAGAAUCAAUAGAGCAACUGGGCAUUUGGUAUACCAAAGGAAAUUUUAUAACACAAUGUUCUGCAUAUGCCCUGGUGGAUCACAAGUCAAUAGUGCUCGAGUUGCAGAUUCUAUCCAUUACGGAUGUGUGCCUGUAAUAUUGUCAAAUUACUAUGACCUUCCACUCAAUGACAUCCUUAAUUGGCGGAAAUUUUCUCUGAUACUCAAUGAGCGCGAUGUAUACAGGCUUAAGUAUAUUCUGAAGAACGUAUCUGAUUCAGAAUUCACCACAUUGCACUACAACUUAGUGAAGGUUCAAAAGCAUUUCCAAUGGAAUUCCCCUCCUGUCAGACAUGAUGCGUUCCACAUGGUUAUGUACAAUCUCUGGUUGCGCCGCCAUGUCAUUAAAUACUGAAGUAGGAAUAUAUCAUACUACCUUCCUUCCACUUGCAACAUUUCUGCACCAGAAGUCCUUUGGCCUCACAGAGCAUGUUCUGGCAGUUCACCUUCCAUCUUCUGUUUCUUUACUCCUGUAAGUAUUUCUUUGUGGAGAAGUUUGAGGGGAUUUUGGCAACCUUUCCAAAGGAAAACAUUGGCUCUUAGUGGAGAGGCGGAAAACGUGUUCUGAUCAGAUUUUUAGUUGCUAUUCUUUUGUACAGUGAAUGUAACAAAAUGCUCUUUUUGCAACUGAUUAAGAAAAGGAUCCCUGCAAAGCUCUUUACGCAUCUUAUCUGGCCAU